AUGAAGGCCCUGAUAUUCCUGGCUCUGCUUGGAGCAGCGUUUGCUGCUGAGGAGGAGAAGGUUGUCGGCGGGUACGAGUGUCCCAGAAACUCGGUUCCCUACCAGGUGUCUCUGAACGCUGGAUACCACUUCUGCGGAGGAUCCCUCAUCUCCAGCCAGUGGGUGGUGUCUGCUGCUCACUGCUACAAGUCUCGUAUCCAGGUCCGCCUUGGCGAGCACAACAUCGCUGCGAACGAGGGCACGGAGCAGUGGAUCGAUGGAGUCAAGAUGAUCAAGCACCCACAGUACAACAGCUACAACCUGGACAACGACAUCAUGCUGAUCAAACUGAGCCGCCCCGCCACCCUCAACAGCAACGUCCAGACCGUGGCCCUGCCCAAGCGCUGCCCCCAGGCCGACGAGAACUGCAUGGUGUCCGGCUGGGGCAACCUCUCCGUCAACGGAAACGACUUCCCUGACAGGCUGCAGUGUCUGAGGCAGCCCAUCAUCGAUGACAGGAUCUGCAAGAACGCCUACCCCCACCUCCUCACCGACAACAUGCUUUGCUCCGGUUUCAUGAGCGGAGGUGCCAGCAGCUGCCAAGGAGACUCUGGUGGUCCUCUGGUGUGUAACGGUCAGCUGCAGGGGGUCGUGUCCUGGGGUUAUGACUGCGCCAUGCAGGGACAUCCCAGCGUCUACGCCCGAGUGUGCCGCUACAACAGCUGGAUCAGCAGCACCAUGUCCAACAACUAAACACACAGUCGCCCAUACAUCCACAUGCAAGCUGACUUUGUAACACCAUACUGUUGUUAUAUUUGUAUUUUUUUCAUAUACAUCUUAUGAAUCACAUGUUAAGGCAUAAUAUUCAAAAUAA